CACGCGAGGGUAGCGGAGGGUUGUAUUUUCCCGGCAGGGGCGGAAGUCGCAGGAUCUCGUGAAGGUCUUUUUCUCUCCACAGUUACACACGGUAUCAAACUCCAGCAGCGCGUCCACGCACAGCAGAUCGGAGGCUGUGAAUUGGACUUUGGUAGAACUCGUCCUUUCCUGAACCGUCCCUGGGACUGUGACCCGUCUGACCAUGAGCAACAGCUACAGCGUGACCCUGAUCGGACCUUCACCCUGGGGCUUUAGACUUCAGGGUGGGAAAGACUUCAGCAUGCCCCUCACCAUCUCCAAGCUGACGGAUGGAGGGAAAGCGGCUAAAGCUAAGAUCAGCGUGGGAGACAUCGUGCUCUCCAUCGACGGAAUUGCCACAGACUCCAUGACGCACCUGGAGGCACAAAACAAAAUUAAAGCCUGCGUGGGAAAUCUCAGUCUGUCGCUGCUGAGAUCUUCCGGUGUUACUAAAAACGAGAAGGAAGCCCAGGAGAUUGUAAAGCCUGUGCCCAUCAGCCAACCGCCGGCCAGCACAACCUCCACCAGCACUGCCAACCUCACCCCUGGCACCAACCCCUACAACAAGACGGCACGUCCCUUCGGAGGCGGCUUUAGCACCGUGAGAUCAGUCAGUCCGUCCCUGAGCCCCACACCGUCCGCGGCACCCAAAGCCUCCAUCCCCUCGGCCUCAUCCGCUUUCACACCAGCAGCUCCAUCCCAGCAGCCCCCUCAGCCUCCCUUCCCACUGGGCGGUGGCACCAGCCGCACCCUGUCCUCGCCUAGCUCCGCCCCUAAGCCCGCCUCCGGACGCUCCCCUUUCGCCAACUCCUCCUCUGCUUCCUCCUCUGGCUCCUCCUCCCCAGCGAGAGUGACCGGUCCCUCCUCUGCGCCCACCGCCCCUCAGCCCUCCGUCUAUAACACGCCCAUCAACCUCUACUCCAAUGAGAAUGCCUGUGAGGUGGCCAUCGGUCAAAGGCGGGGUCUUCUGGAGAGCAAAGGGGAACAGCUUAACGGAAAUCGAGACUCAUCAGACCAGGCAACAUUUUUCCAGUCUUCAACUGUCCAAUUUUGGACCGCACGGAAACCCGUCAUAGAGAUGGAGGUGAACCACGUGUCUCCGCUCAGCGAUGCCAGUAAGAAGCGUCUGAUCGAGGACACGGAGGAUUGGCACCCGCGCACGGGGACGUCACAGUCUCGGUCCUUCCGCAUCCUGGCACAGAUCACAGGCACAGAGAACGAUCAAGCCCAGGAGAACCGGCCCGGAAAGAAGGAGGAAGCCGCAGACGUUCAGCCCAGCGCUCAUGUGACAUCUUCAGUGAAAACCAUGAGCAAAACACCCGCUGGAGCGCCUCGACGGGGCAACGGGGUCCCACCACCUACGACCAAAAGCUGGCAGUCUGCAAACACUGCAGGAUUUCCCAAAGCAGGUGCACCUGCGCCGCAGACAGGCCCCUCGUACGGACGGGUGGGCAACAGCCUUCCAAAGGGUCCGAACCCACCUGCGCCUCAAGCUCAGCCCAAAGACCAAGAGAAUUCGCUGGUUCAAAGAGCCGAACACAUGCCGCCGGACACACGCACGCCCAUGUGUGGCCACUGCAACACCAUCAUCAGGGGUCCGUUCCUGGUAGCCCUGGGCAAAUCAUGGCACAAGGAUGAGUUCACCUGCACCCACUGUCACUGCUCGCUGGCAGAUGUGGGCUUCGUGGAGGAACGGGGGUCCGUCUGCUGCGAGCACUGUUACGCAGAUUUGUUUGCCCCCACAUGCUGUCGCUGUCAUCAGAAAGUUCUAGGGGAAGUUAUCAACGCCCUGAAGCAAACCUGGCACGUUUACUGCUUCCUGUGUACCACCUGCCAGCAGCCAAUCCGCAACGACACCUUCCACCUGGAGGAUGGACAGCCGUACUGUGAGAGAGAUUUCUACACCCUCUUUGGUACCAGCUGUCACGGCUGCGAUUUUCCGAUCGAGGCCGGUGAUAAGUUCUUGGAGGCUUUGGGCUAUACCUGGCACGACACCUGUUUUGUGUGUUCGGUCUGCACCACGAGUCUAGAGGGUCAAGCCUUCUUCUCAAAGAAAGACAAGCCUUUAUGCAAGAAGCACGCUCACACCGUCCAAUUCUGAACCCACUGAAAACAAUGAAAACAAGUUAUGUCAUUCGUGAGAUUAAUUCUUGCUAGGUGAAUGUUUUUGCUAUGAUGUUUUGUUUCUAUCUGAAUGCCAAACGUUGGAAUUCUGAUAAAAAUGUUUUGGCGACUAUAAUAGCCAUCACAUUUUAACAGAUGCUGUCAGUAUUUCAUACACCUGCUAAAUGAGGUUCAACAUUGCCGCGUAACAAUUGAGUUGCAUUGUGUAUGUCACUUUACAAUGUCUUUAUAUUGAAUGAAUACAAUGUGAUGUCAGUGUUUCAUCGAAAACACACGGAUGCCAUUUACGUGAUAGAAAAUAAUGUCGACUUGCAAGAAAUAUAUCGGUCUAUUUGUUGAGCAUCGCAGAAGUUGUAUUUCUAUUCUCCACAGCUAUUUAAAAGAGACUUUGACUUCGUAAUAUAUUUUUCUUCGCACAUGCAGACUGUAUUUGUGGUGUCAGCUGUAUUUCUGCAGGUAUAGAUAUUGACGGUCGAUUUCUGGGGCUUUUCAAGGGCGACAGUGAUAUUUAAUGUUUUUUUGUGCGGCUUUAUAUAAGGUCUGCGGAUCUUUAUGGGGUUUCAAUCAGUGUUUGUGCGGAUUAUAAGUGCCUUAAUGUGCUCAGAUUGAGAUGAUUAUUAAUAGACAGAUAUUUACACAUGUUAGUCAUUCAGACAGCAGUGUUAUCUACAUGUUUUAGCACUAGAUUUAAGGGGUUAAUGGUCUUGUUAAAACUUUGUCGUAGUUGUCAACUGUAAUGUAUAAAAUAAUAAAAAUCUGUGUUUGUGUCAGA